UACAGUUGCUAACACCAUAAUGGAGCUUUUCAAGUGUCUCGUUGGAGUGGUGCUGGUUGCCGUUUUGUCUUGUGAUGUUUCUGCCCAGCAUUACUGGUCGCUGCCGCAGCAGAAGCUUCCUGCUCAGCAACAGUUGACGCUCCCUCAACUUGCAGCUCCCUUUGACAAGUGCCAGGUGGCGCAGGCAAACAGGAUCCAGUGUGGGUCUGCCGACGCCACCGCCGACCACUGCGAGAACAUAAACUGCUGCUUCGAUGGGGACCUGUGCUACUACGGGAAAGCAGUGACUGUGCAGUGUACCAGGGAUGGCCAGUUCGUGGUGGUUGUGGCUCGAGAUGCCACUUUGCCCAACAUCGAUGUGGAGUCAGUCAGCCUGCUGGAGACGAACGACCCCUCCUGCAGCCCCAUGGAGAUCACCUCAUCGUUUGCCAUCUUUCAGUUCUCUGCGACUGCAUGUGGUACUACAUUCCAGGAGGAAGAUGGUUAUGUGGUGUACGAGAACCACAUGUCGUCUUCUUAUGAAGUGGGAGUUGGACCCCGAGGAUCGAUCACCAGGGACAGCCAUUUUGAGUUAUUGUUUCAGUGUAGGUAUUCUGACACCGCAGUGGAGGCUCUCGUCAUGGAGGUGAAUGCCGUUCCUCCACCUGUGCCGGUCGCUGCUGCCGGACUCCUCCGAGUGGAGCUCAAACUCGGCAACGGACAGUGUCUCUCAAAAGGAUGUGUUGAGGAAGAUGCGGCGUAUAGCUCCUUCUACAAUCCAUCAGACUACCCCAUCACUAAAGUGCUGAGGGAGCCCGUCUAUGUUGAGGUGAACAUCGUGGCACGCUCCGACUCAAACCUCAUCCUGAACAUGGAGCACUGCUGGGCUACCGCCAGCCCCAAUCCUCAAAGCCUGCCCCAGUGGGAUCUUCUGGUUGACGGGUGUCCCUACCAUGAUGACCGUUACCUGACCACCGUGGUGCCUGUGGAUACCUCCUCUGGAAUACAAUACCCAUCGCACUACAAGCGUUUCAUCGUUAAAAUGUUCACGUUCGUGGAUCAGACCAACUUUUCACCCCAGAAAGACACGGUGUUUUUCCAUUGUGCUACCGAAGUGUGUUAUCCCAGCAGCAUGCACUCCUGUGAACAGCAAUGCCACCGACAACGAAGAGCUGUACCUGCAGUGAGGAGAGUGUCCUCAAGUCAGAGGGAUCUGGUCUCAAGCAGAGAGGUGAUCCUGACUGAGCAGUCGGCUCCAAAUGCCAAAUCUGAGAAAUGAUUCCACUGGCUGUGACUUUUAAUAAACACUCAUGCUUACAA